AAUCAGGUAUCCCAGAGGCCUCCUCACCAGGAAGUGUUUUGCCGGAGAGGUCUCUGGUUUUGUUUUGACGAUGAUGGAGGAGGAAGAGUUUGAGUUUGCGGAGGAUUUGGAGGCUAUUUUGCAUCUUACACCCGAGGUGCAGCUAGCCAUUGAACAGGUUUUCCCCAGUCAAGAUCCCCUGGACAGAGCAGACUUCAAUGCUGUGGAAUACAUCAACACACUGUUCCCCACCGAGCAGUCUUUGGCAAAUAUCGACGAUGUGGUUAACAAGAUUCGGCUGAAGAUUCGACGCCUGGAUGACAACAUCAGGACUGUGGUGCGUGGGCAGACCAACGUGGGCCAGGAUGGCAGACAGGCUUUGGAAGAGGCCCAGAUCGCCAUCCAGCAGCUCUUUGGCAAAAUCAAAGACAUCAAGGACAAGGCAGAGAAGUCUGAACAAAUGGUCAAGGAGAUUACGAGGGACAUAAAGCAGUUGGACCAUGCCAAGCGCCACCUCACUACAUCCAUCACCACCCUCAACCACUUGCAUAUGUUGGCAGGAGGUGUCGACUCUUUAGAAGCCAUGACCAGAAAGAGGCAGUACGGUGAGGUGGCCAACCUGCUGCAGGGAGUCGUCAAUGUGCUUGAACAUUUCCACAAGUACAUGGGCAUACCGCAGAUCAGACAGCUUUCUGAGAGAGUAAAAGCAGCACAGAGUGAGUUAGGGACUCAGAUCCUGGCAGAUUUUGAAGAGGCCUUCCCCUCUCAGGGCUCCAAGAGACCAGGUGGCCCUAGUAAUGUGCUGAGAGACGCCUGCCUGGUGGCCAACGUGCUGGACCCACGCAUCAAACAGGAAAUCAUCAAAAAGUUCAUCAGGCAGCACCUCUCAGAGUACCUGGUGUUAUUCCAGGAAAACCAAGAUGUUGCAUGGCUGGACAAGAUCGAUCGGCGCUACGCCUGGAUUAAACGCCAACUUGUAGACUAUGAGGAGAAGUAUGGACGCAUGUUUCCUGAGGAGUGGAGCAUGACGGAGCGUAUUGCUGUGGAGUUCUGCCACAUCACCAGGGUGGAGCUAGCCAAAGUAAUGCGAACACGGGCCAAGGAGAUUGAGGUGAAGCUGCUUCUGUUUGCCAUCCAGAGGACCACAAACUUCGAGGGUCUUCUGGCUAAACGCUUCACAGGAUGCACCUUGACUGACAUACCUGGAAAGAAGAGGCCAGAGAGCCCUCUAGAACCCACCAACCCCUUCUUGGAGGAUGAGUCAAGUGAAGAUGUGGGCACAGAGAAGGACGAGGAUCUGGCUAAGCCCAGGAAGCCGAAAGCUCCGGACAACCCUUUCCACGGCAUUGUCUCCAAGUGCUUUGAGCCUCAUCUAUAUGUCUACAUAGAGUCCCAAGACAAGAACCUGGGCGAGCUGAUUGACCGGUUCGUGGCUGACUUCCGAGCUCAAGGCCCACCCAAGGCGGGCACAGAGGAGGGCGGAGCGGUGCUGCCCAGUUGUGCUGACCUCUUUGUCUAUUACAAGAAGUGCAUGGUGCAGUGCUCCCAGCUGAGUACUGGAGAACCAAUGAUUGCCCUCACAACCAUCUUCCAGAAAUUCCUAAGAGAGUAUGCUUGGAAGAUCCUCUCUGGAAACCUGCCUAAAUCGAGCAGUAACAGCGGGGGUCUCACCAUCAGCAGUCUGCUGAAGGAGAAGGAAGGUUCAGAAGCCGCGAAGUUCACUGUAGACGAGCUCUGCCUGAUCUGCAGCAUCCUCAGCACUGCAGAGUACUGCCUGGCUACAACACAACAGUUGGAAGAGAAGCUAAAGGAGAAAGUAGAUAAAAUCUUGAUGGAGAGAAUUAAUUUGACUGGGGAGAUGGAUACAUUCAGCACUGUGAUCUCAAACAGCAUCCAGCUAUUAGUUCAAGAUCUCGAUGCUGCCUGUGACCCUGCUCUCACCGCCAUGAGCAAGAUGCCGUGGCAGAGUGUGGAGCAUGUUGGUGACCAGAGUCCUUAUGUCACGUCAAUCAUCAUGCACAUUAAGCAAAACGUGCCUAUCAUCAGAGACAAUCUGGCGUCCACGCGCAAAUACUUCACACAAUUCUGCAUCAAGUUCACAAAUUCUUUCAUUCCUAAAUUUAUCAACCACCUGUUCAGAUGUAAGCCUAUUAGCAUGGUGGGAGCUGAACAACUCCUCCUUGACACUCACUCCCUGAAGACAGUCUUGCUGGAUCUGCCCUCCAUAGGCUCCCAGGUGCUCCGCAAAGCACCUGCCAGCUACACUAAGAUAGUGGUGAAAGGCAUGACCCGUGCAGAGAUGAUCCUGAAGGUGGUGAUGGCCCCACAUGAACCACCAGUGGUGUUUGUUGAUAACUACAUCAAGCUCCUGGCGGAUGGGAAUCCUGAGACCUUCCAGAAGAUUCUAGACAUGAAGGGUCUGAAGCGCAGCGAACAGAGCAGCAUGCUGGAACUCUUCAGGCAGAGGCUGCCCACCCCACCCUCCGGGGGCGACGGCGGCCCCUCUCUCUCCUUCAGCACCCCCACCCCUGAACAGGAGUCCUCCCGCAUCCGCAAACUAGAGAAGCUCAUCAAGAAGAGACUGUGAACAGACAUAAACACACACACACACGCACACACACACACACACACACACACUGAAAUCUCAUCUUGAAAAUAAAGACGGCUGCAGGAUGAGACGCAGGUUAUUCAUCUCAAAGACUUCAUUACGCUCCACUCAGAUAUCAUGGAAAGCUACAGAAAGAGCGAAAAAGUGGACUUAAUUAUCUGACUGACAGUAAUAUGAACCCAGGCUGAUGCUGGAUUAUGAAGAAACUUCCUCAACUGCUCCUUGCUGUUGUUACACAUGUCAUUCUGUACUUACCCACUUUUUCUUUUCACGACACUAACGUCUGAGCUUUGUAACAUUUGUAUAUCGUUGCACAAUGUACCCGCAGUCCGAAGAGCCGAAUGUAGUGCUGUUUACUAAUUUCUGGCUUCUUUUGUGGGAUUUGUCUAAUCCAAGAUGAUUACAAGCAGCAUGAUCUUAAUUUAAGGUGGCAUUUGAGAAGAAAAAAAUGUUUUUCAAGGAGGGUCAUGGUUUACUUGAAAUGUUUUAAAUCAAAUGGGAGGAUACCAGGUGGAAAUUUGUAUGCAUCUCUGGCAUCCAUUAAAAUGGACAAUGCGUCAGCGGUGGCCUGAAAUAAAUUGCUGACUCUAGGUUCCUAAAUCUGGGGCAAAGAAGGUUGUUGGAUUUUCCUGCAUCUUCAGUCAGACAAUGAGAGCUGGCAUUUAAAAUCCCUCUAGGUUGACUCAGAAAUGAGAGCCAGCUAGCUGAAGUCUUUCAACUUGGACCGUCGACUAAGAGGGCCGGGGGGGGACGUGUACUGUACAUGUGUAGGCUACAUACGUACACAUGUUUGCAAACAGUCAGAAAUCUUCUGCCUUCAUUGCAAUUACAUGAAACAAGGUUGUGUCUUAGUGAGACAAAAUGCAUUUUGUCUCAGUGCUUCACCAAGUGAUCUCUUGCUGCUCCCACAUGUUCUCUUCAGAUGUGAACAGUACAUCACAGUCUGCAGAAGAAAAAAAAAAGGUGUUUUAUAAGUCAAUGCCCUCGUUAUGGUCUCUGAUUCUGAUGCCUCCUGCAUUCCCGCCGUCAGGCGUGAACUGUUAAUCAUUUGUAUUGUCUAAUAGUAGGCUACACAGGCAAUUGUUGAGGAAUAUUAAAAAAAAAUGCCAUCAGUU